AUGAGUCAGUACAAUCAACCUCCCGUCGGUGUUCCUCCUCCUCAAGGUUAUCCACCGGAGGGAUAUCCAAAGGAUGCUUAUCCACCGCAAGGUUAUCCACCUCAGGGAUAUCCUCCUCAGGGAUAUCCACCGCAGGGUUAUCCUCAACAAGGUUAUCCUCCUCCUUACGCGCCGCAAUAUCCUCCUCCGCCUCAGCAUCAGCAACAACAGAGCAGUCCUGGGUUUCUAGAAGGAUGUCUUGCUGCUCUUUGCUGUUGCUGCCUCUUGGAUGCUUGCUUCUGA